AUGGACAAUCAAAUUAAAGUUAUCAUUCGCUUUAAAUCCAUUUUGAGUACAGAAGAAGAGUCUGUAAAUUUUCCUUAAUCUCAAGUCUCCUAAUUGGAUAAUUGAAGAAGAGGCAAUCACAUAUAAAAAUACAAAACAAGAUGAAAUCUUUGAAUUUGAUGUUAUCAUGCCUCCUAUGACACUCUAAGAAGAGAUAUUCUAAACCAUUAUGUUGCCCAAAAUCAGUUUUUUGUAACAAUCUAUAUUUCACAUCUCUAGCUUAUAGGGGUACAAUAGUGCGGUGUUUGCUUACGGUGCAACUUCAUCGGGCAAAACCUAUACAAUCUUGGGGCCAGAGAGUACCAUAGAGCAGAUUCUCAAUAAUAAGUUCAAUAUUGACUCGAGUUCUGGCAUACUGCCUAGAUCGUUUUAUCAAAUAGUUGAGGUACAAUCAAUUACGAAUGUAGGGAUAUCAAAAAAUCAAACAAUAAGAAUCAUUGCAAUAAGUGACUCUUAAAGCCAACUAUGUCGAGAUCUAUAAUGAGCAAAUUUAUGAUCUGUUAAAUUAACAAUAUAAAACUAACAACCAAAAAUUAGAUCUCAAAGUAUUUCAUUUUCACAUUUCUUAGAUUAGUUCUAUAGCUGACGGUCCCAAGUUGAUGGGAGUGAGAGAAGUUCAAGUUGAAUCUGUGAAUGAUCUCAUGGAAUUAGUAGCCUUUGGUAGUUACAACAGAGCAAUUGGAGCAACUCAAUUCAAUUCCAGGUCCAGUAGAUCCCAUGUGAUUUUCUCAAUUGAGUAAGCCAUUUCAUUGAGUUAGAUUGUUUGUUGAAUGGAAGGACAAAUCACAGAGAACAUCUAAAAUCCAAUUUAUAGAUUUGGCUGGAAGUGAAAGACUCGCCAAAACUGUUGCCAAAGGAUAAAUGCUCGAGGAAACCAAAAAGAUCAAUUAAUCCUUGCACUGUUUGGGACAUUGCAUUAUGGCUUUAUCCAGCAGAAAAAGCAACAAGCAUGUUCCUUAUAGAGAUUCCAAACUUACUUUGCUUCUUAAAGAAUGUUUAGGUGGUAAUUCCAAUACUUCCUUCAUCUGUGCAGUAAGUGCAGCAUUAGAACAUGAAGAAAAGACCAUCCAAACCUUAAAAUUUGCUUAGAGAGCCAAACUCAUUCUCAAUAAAGUCAAAAUCAACAUCAAACUUAGUUAUGAGUAGAUUGAAAAAUAAAUGACCAUGCUUAAAUAGGAACUGUCAAUGAUGGAAAAGAUUCUAUUGAUGAAUGUACUUUCAACUCAUUUAUAUAUUCUAGGGCAUCAAAUAUGAUAAGCAAAUAUUCAAAGAAUAAAACUUCUAACUCUAAAUCGAUCAAGCCAUGAACAUCGAUGAGUUAACUGGAGAAUACAGGAAAUCAUUAAGGAGAUCACUCUAGCAAUCAAGCAGUAAAUCAGAUAUUAAAGAAUAAUUUAGUUAUAGAUUCUAAUAGUAUCUUGAUAAUGAAAAUUUAAAACCUAAACAAAAUUCAAGUCCCAAUUCCAAAAGAAUCGGCUAAAGACAAUCAGGAGGCAAUUUAAGAAAAUAAUCAUUGCCCUGCUCUUUAGAUGGUUCUGAGGCAGAACCCGAUGAAAAUGGGGACAAUUAUUUAAACGAAGCAUAACUAAUAUCUGCCUUGAAAUCUAUCAGUGAAACUCCAAGAGAAUUACAAUAAUUUAUAAGUGGCAGAGGAUCUUAAAUUAAAUUUCAAACUCAAGAAUCCCAAUAUCAAUCAACUACAACUAAUCAAACUACAAACACUGAAUAAUUGAAAGAUUAGCCAAAGAAAAGAGAUAGUUGUUGUUAAGUCUUUUGA